AUGCCAAACGUAACCGUGAGUCCGGAAAACAUAACGGUUAACGAAUCAACCGACAUACAACUUUUGUGUUUUUACGAUUCAAAUCCGACUAUAUUAAAAUCCGUCAAAUGGCUUAGAGAUGGUGUGGAAAUUGAUACGGAUACGGAAAGAUAUGAAAAUGGAACAAUCGAACAACCAAAUCUGACAAUUAGAGAUUCGAUGAGAGACGAUCAAGGAGUUUAUACGUGCGUUUGCGAAAAUGACGUCGGAUCAUCCGAAUCGACGAAUUCAAUUUACGUUAAUAUAUUACAUAAACCGUCCGUGAAAGUCGUCAUUGAUCCGCCUUCGCCCAUCAAUGAAUUAGAUAAAAUUAACGUUUUGUUAGUUUGCGAAGUUUCUUCUGGUAAUCCGGACGUACUUCAAGCUGUUAGAUGGUACCUUAAUGGAACUUUGUUAAGGGAAUUGCCAGAAUGUAAUUCGAACAAUGACACAUUAUGCGACAUCGACCCAAGUCAUUUACUUUUGGAACAGGUCACUCGGGAUUUACAUGGAAAUUAUUCGUGCGAAGGAAUGAACAGUGCCGGUUGGGGACCUCUUUCGGAUGAUGGAGAACUUAUUGUUUAUUAUCCUCCUGGACCGGCGACUUUGGUUUACGAACCUCAAAGAGUUAUAAAAGCAAAAUCUGUUAAUUUAAAGUGCCUAGUGGAGGAUUUGGGACGACCUCCGACGGACACAUAUCGUUGGGUGAGAGGUAGUCACCUUAUCCAAGACGUGACUUCUUUUAAUUGGACCAUUGAUCCAGUUACUCUGGAGACUGAAGCUAAUUUCACAUGUUCGGCUUAUAAUUUAGGUGGAGAAGGACAAAGUUCUUCCGUUUCUAUCGAAGUACUGGCUCCUCCGGCUUUUAUUGAACGUUUGCCACCAUAUUAUGGAGCACUCAUGAGCGCACAGCACAUAAAUAUAUCGUGCAGAGUUGAAUGUUCGCCCUUGUGUACAGUGGCAUGGUUGAAAAAUGGAAGACCCAUUGAAAAAACAGCCGGAUCAUCCACACUUUACUCAGUAAAAAAUACAAUGGUUCCAUCUGAUCCGAGCACAAACGAUUUUAAUUCGAUUCAAUCGACACUUUUAUGGAAUAUGAACGCAUGGCCGGGUGGUCAACUGGAUAGAUUGUACGAUAAUGCUAAUUACACGUGUCAAAGUACUGGUAACACUGUCGGUGGAGGAGUUAGAAGCACGACUUUUUUCGGAGUCGAAUAUCCACCGGAAAACAUAACCCUAUCGAGUAAAGUAAUAUCGGUAGUGGAGGGACAAGAAAUGGAAGGAAAAGUAACGUGUCAGGCAAAAGCUUAUCCGGAAGCAUCUUAUUUGUGGAGAAAAGAAGGUGAAACGGAAACGAUAGCCAAAGGAAACAUGUUGAUGUUAAGAUAUUUAGUCCCGAGAAAAGAUGGUGGAAAUUACGUUUGCGAAGCUUACAAUCGUCACGGAAACAUAACCGGAAAUACUUUCGUCAACGUUUUAUUUAAACCUGAAUGUGCGAUAACACAAACAGAACAAAAUGGAAAAUCGGUUCUCGUUUGUACGGCUCACGCAAAUCCGACGACUGUUAAUUUCAUGUGGAAAAUAAAAAACGAAAACGAAACCGUCGAAGAUCCGAUAGAAGACAAAGGAUUGCAAAGUUUUUUAACUCUCGAAUCCAGAAUAGAAAAUUUCAGGACUUAUCUUUGUUAUGCCAACAACAGCGUCGGAAUGUCGAUACCAUGCGAACGUGACGUCACAGGAAAAGCAGCCUGGUGGCCGAUGUUCGAUAAUGAUAAUUUACUCAUCGUUAUUGCCGUGAUUGUUGGUGCCAUAAUAAUGUUCCUAGUCGUUUGCGUUAUCAUUAUUAUUGUAUGUCGAAAGAAAAGAGCAGAAGAUAAAUGUGAGUAUCCAUCAAUGAAAUGUGAUUCAUCGGCAUUGAAAUAUUUUCAAUUAAAAAACUUUUAAC